AUGCAUUCAUUAAUUAAGCCAAGUCAGCCAGCUUUAAGAACCAUUUUAAACAAAAAUUAUAGUGCAUUAAGUACUAUACCAAAUGUCAUGCGUGUACGACACAUCUCUUCAACGUCCGCCUGCAAAAAAGAUAUCGAGUCAUGGAAGAAGGAAAUUUCACAAAAAACAAAGGUAGAGACAGAUGUCAUUACACCCUCUCAAGUCAAUUUAUUGGGCAACACACUUGAUCAUCCCAAGUUUAACUAUGACCAAUUCCCUGCUCAUGGUACUGAAAUUCCCCCUGGGUGGCAUCUAGCCUAUUUCCCUCCUCGUGUGCCCGAAAAGGAGCUCGCAAAGGACGGUUAUGAUAAGGAAUGGAGCCCACCCGAACCUUAUGUCCGUCGUAAAUGGGCAGGAGGCAAACUUGAAUGGAAUGUAGAUAACCCUUUGCGUGUGGGUGAUGAAAUAAAGAUGGAAUCCAAGCUCAGCAAAGUGGAUAUCAAAAAGGGCAACAGUGUGUUCGUUUGGGUUGAUGGUAAAAUUCACAACAAGCAAGGAUUAGCCUUAACCGAGAGUCGCUGCUGGGUAUAUACUACAGAUGAUGCUAGUAAAGAAGAAGAAGUCUCAAAAAUCACUCAGAAUAAGUCAUCAUCUCAUGAGGUCAUGAGUAACCCUGAGUUCUCAUUCAAUGUUACGCCUACUCCCAUUACUCUCUUCCGCUUCUCUGCUCUUACGUUUAAUUCUCAUUUGAUUCAUUAUGAUCAUACUUUUGCUACUCAAGUUGAAAAGCAAAAAGGUUGCUUAACUCAUGGUCCAUUGUCCUUGAUAUAUAUGGUUAAUCAGCUUGAUCAGUAUCUUGCUACAAAGGAUGCUGAUCAACAGGCGGGUCAUAAUCAAACCAAAGACCGCCGUAUCAAGUCAUUCGAAUACCGAUGCUUAAAGCCACUGGCUGUAAAUGAAGCGCUCACUAUCAGUGGACGUUGGAAAACAAAUGACAAGGAAGGACCAAGCUAUGAUUUAUGGAUUAUGAAUGAUGCUGGAGAUGUUGCUGUUAAGGGACUUGCUAUUAUAGAUAAAGUAAAUUAA